AUUCAUAAUUAUUGUUACGCCUAAUGCUAAAUUUGGAACAAAACCAGUUGUUCAUGUUUUAGGAAAGAAAAAAAAUGGCACGUUUCUUCAGUCAGCAAAAAAUAGAUGAAUUUAAGGAAUGCUUUUACUUUCAUGCCAAGAAAGGUCAGGUCACAAAUGAAGCUGACCUCAGCAUAAUAAUGAGGUCGCUGUUCUACAGUCCAACCAAGGAAGAGGUGUCCAAGUAUUUCAAGAAACAUGUUUCAAGUGACGGCCGCAUCGACUUCGCGUCAUUCCUCGACAUCAUGCACGAACACAGCAAGGUGGAGAACUGUGCACGGGAACUACUGGCUGGAUUCACGGCACAGGACGUACACAAACGAGGAUACAUCCCCGGCGCCGAGAUGAAACACAUCCUCAUGAACCUCGGCGAGAAACUCAGUAGACACGAAGUUGAUUCCCUGUUCCAGUCUGUUGGGUUGUCUCCUCAUGGUCAAGUUCCGUAUAAUGACUUUGUGAAGGCCAUGGCGACUCCAGUCCCGGACUAUUAAUAGAUCCACAGCCAUCAUUAAGACAUGCUUUACGUAGUGAUGCAGUACAUGAACCACCAAUAAAAUCAACUAGCAAUCUAUAGUUGGUUUUUCGUAGUUGAAAAAUGUCCACAAUGAACACACCAGUGAUAAUCACACAACAGCUCAUAGAAGAGUUUAGUUUGUUUUGUUUAAUGACACCACUAGAACACAUUAAUUUAUUAAUCAUCGGCUAUUGGAUGUCAAACGUUUGGUAUCUUUGACAUAUAGUGUUAAAGCGGAAACCCACUACAUUUUUCCAUGACAGCUCAUAGAUUUACAGGUCUGCGAAUAAGUCAUUAUGUCCUGAUAGUAAUUCCAGGUAAGAAGUUUUAAAUAAAGAGAAGUUUCACACAUUUAAAAAAUAAACAUUAUAACGACACAUACUUACUGAUGAAAGGUGAGUGCAGAAACACUUUCCAUCUUUGAGUGAGUAUGAGGUGAGUGAGCAACUACUCACAUCAUGAAAAGCCUGGAAUCGGGAGUUUUAAGUUGCUUGCGUAAUCGCUAUAUGCAUCUUAAAGUUUUGCUAAUUAUUUCAUUGUUAAAUAAACAAGAGGCUAAUUGAAAAAUUAUUUUAAGUAACUCAUUUGUUUAUACAUUGUUGAGCUACGUGAAACUUGACUUCGUUAUGUUAGUCAGACCCACUACAUUUAUACUUUAACCCGGUCACAGUGACACCAUCCAAAACUGCAAUCUAUAAAACUAGCCAAUAACCCAUACCUAGUUGAGUUUAUAGCUGGUUUAUGUACUGUUACGGGUUGCAUUAUACCAAAUGGAAUCCCACAGGUAACAAUGUUAACAUGUGGCUAAAAAUCCACAUAUUUCAAAAUAUACAGGGAAAUACAGUAUAACCAGUAUGACGUGUGUCAUGAUGAUUUCACGUGCACAGCGAAUGACAUAAUUUUUGGAAGUGAUGUUAUAACUUAAUGUGGCGUACCCAGUCUAUGCUCUACUGUAAACGCUUACUAAAAUGACAUCAUUUCUUAUCUUAGUUACGUUUGAACCGUGUUUCCAUGGUCCUUGUUACUCAUAAAAAUAAUAUGGAUAAUAAAGAAAUUAUGACCCUCUAAUCGUACUGAUUUUACGAAACGUGUCUGAAUUCAUGUAUUACUCUCGGUCUCGCUCGGGCAAUACAAUAAUCCUGACACACAAGCUUGUAUAAUAAUCUCUAUGUAUGCAAUAUAUCAACCAAAAUGUGACCUAAAAAUAUGAAUAAAACAACCUCUCUCUCUCUCAGAGUAUUAACCGAAGAACGGGGAACAUUUCAUGUGUCCUUUUUGAUAUACAUGUAAUUGGGUGUUUUUACAACACCCUUAGUUCGCAAGGGUACUUGACACAGUAUUGCCAGAUAAAAUUAAAACCCUGUCAAUUUAUUAACAAUGACGGGACUGGUGUCAUGUUCACUUCGAACUUUGACCUAGAUGGAUGAUAUUUGGUAUAGUGCUACCUAUAUAAGGUUAUUUAAACAUUGUAUUUUCCAACAAGUACUGUGCAAAUGCUUAAUAAAUUCUGACAUUGUAAAUAUUCAUUCUGUAUUCAUGCAGUAGCUAUCUAUUAAGUCUAUACUGAUGCAAAAAGAAACUAUACCAAGAAAAAAUUGAUUUAGUUUGCUCUAUAAUUUGGAUAAUGGAAAUAAAAUGGUGAAAUAUCUUUCUGCUUUUAUGAAAUGAAAUAUUGUUUUUAAUAUGCCAAAAUAUAUGAUUCUCAAACUCUUAAACAUGCAACAGAUUUAAAAAAAAAAAAAUUUCAGUAGUCUGAUUAUUUGGUAUAGUUUUUUUUGGACGUCAGUAUAUAAUAUAUGUUGUAUAUAUAUCGAAUGAAUUUAAAAUAUGCACUAUUUUUAGAUAAAAUUUAUUUUAAGGAUUAAUACAUACACCAAUUCAAAAGCAACGUUUGCUUAGAUUUCUCGCUUGAUCGAUUAUGCAUACAGAUGUUGUGUUGUGUUGGUUAGAAUCAUCUGGUUAAUUAUUGAGAAAGUGUUGCAAAACAUUCCAUGAUUGUCAUCAAUUAUAAUUAUUGUUCGUGAACAUGUUCAAAACGAGACCAUUGUUAAAACACAAUUCUAGUUCUUACCCCUUUCAGUCAUUUCUGUUAAAAAAUAUUGUUACCUAGCUACUGGAAAAAAAUGACGUCAUUUCGUUAUCUCCUAGUUACGUUUAGAUUUUUUUUUACAUGGUCCUUGUUAUGCAUGUAGUCACUGAUAACGUAGAGUUAUCUAAUUAUCGAAAGAGUAGUAGUAUCUAUACAUUUAAAGAUAUAGUUAUCUAUCUAUUUAAAAAUUAUUGUUGUGCUUUUGAAAUUACUUCAACAGCGUCGGAAGCGUUACGGCCAGGAACGUUUUUCGCUUCCUAUGGUGUUUUUCGCUUUCUAUGGUGCUCGCAUAGUAUAGAUCUCAUCAUAUACAUAGCUUUCAUGGCCGUACCCACUUUUAAUUGCUUCCGAUGCCCCUGUCUUGGCUACCAAAAGUUUUGAAAAAUAAUGUUAAGUUACCUAAAUUGAAAAAUAAUUUCAUUCCGAUGUGUGUAUUUUACUGAAUGUAAUGUAAAACUAGUUUAUUUAUGAUCAUACAGAUUUCAUGAAUUUGAUGUGUUUUUACAAACAUGAUUUUGUUUUCUACCUAUUACUUAUUGAUAUACAAUUGGUUUAAUUAUAUAUUCAUGUAUAUAUAUAUAUUGUUAAUAAUAUAACUUGGGAGAGGCAAUAAAACAAUAUAAACUAAA